ACAGCUCGUCUGAGUAGUGGUGGUGACGUCUAUAUACAGCAAUAAAGUUUUACAUAUUUCCUUUCAAGUGCAUCAUUAUCAUUUAAUUUAGGUUAUUCAAACGAAAAUUAUAGCUAUGUAACAUUAGAAUAUUUCAAGAAACUCGUCGUCCCAAAAACAUGAUGCGCUGUACUGUUCAGUUGGAGUGCUGUGCACGACAGCGCUAAUACCUACGAACCGACUCGCAUCGGACUGGCUAUCUGGCAAUCAGGCCCAGCACCACUGCUGCAACAUGGCGGACUCGCUGCCCCUGCAGCCGCAGCGGCCCGAGUCGCCGCAGUCGGAGCACAGCCUCGGAUCGGCACCCACCGUGUCCGGCGGCGGCUACAGCUACGCCGCCAGCACCGGCUCCGAGCCGGCCUCGGCCGCCACCGGCGGCUCCAUCCGCGGCAUGAAGGAGGCGCUCCAGCAGAAAAAGGAGGCGCUGGUGGCGCGCAAACGCCAACUGGACGGCGCCGCGCCGCUGCGCGACUCGCACAGUGACGAGGCGACCGACGACCCUGCGCGGCUGCAUCAGAAGCUGGAUGUGCUGCGCGCUCGGCUGGAGGUGCUCAGUCCGAUAAUCGCCCAGCUGGACGCUGACUACACGGCCACCGCCAAAGAGCUCAGCGACGGGAAGAUGACCGCCUCGGAGACCAACAUGAAGCUGAUGGGGGACAUUGCCGAUCAGCGCAGCGCCAUCGAUAGCCUGGAGGCCGAGCGGCACGGCCUGGAGCAGCAGAUCGCUCAGCUCGACGCCAGGCGCGACCAGCUGCUGCGCGACGGCUCACACGAGAGUGGCGCCCAGGCCCAGGCCCUGAAGGACCAGCGGCGCCCGCUGCAGGCCCGGCUGGCCAGCACGCUGGCAGAACUCGAGCUAAAAAAACUGGACACGUGUGCCAUGAUGCACGAGGCGGUGGCCGUCAUCGAGCACGCCCGCCGGCGCGGCGAGACGAUGCUGGACGCGGCGCCCGGCUACGUCUCCGACCAGGGCACGUCGUCCGGCUACGCCUCCGAGGUGCCCGCCCGGCCGCCGUUCGCCUGCGAGAGCCACGACCCCAUGGCGCCGUGGUCGAGCGGCGGCGGCGGCGGCGGCGGCGGCGGCGGCUUCCCUGCCCGGGGAGCUGGUGGCGCCCCCGCCGGCAGCGACACCAGCGACGGAGCCUACGCACGGCCUCUGUCGGCUACCUCGUCUCCGUCCGACCACGACGUCAUUCUGCCAUGGAACAUGCGGCCGGCGGCCAACUAUUACUUCCUGCCACCGGGCGGCGGCGGCGGAGGGGCCACACCGCCCACCCCCGGUCCGGGCGGUGGCGGCGCAGGCGCAGGCGUCGUGCCACCCGCCGUCGGCCCGGCCGGCGCGCCGGGCUCCUCUCCAGGCGGCGGCGGCGGCGGCGGCGGCGGGCAGAACAUGCACGCCUUUGACGACGCGCCCUAUGACGGCCCUACGCCCUACACGAGCACCAGUCUGCGACGGGUCUUCGAGGCCGGCACACCGCACCCAUCGUCGGGCUACGAGAGCUCGCAGACGACCACGUCGGACGAGCCGGCCAGCUCUGAUCACGGCACCGAGGUGGGCCCGCCAUCGGCCACCAGCUCGGAGCCCUCCGAGACGGCAAUGAUGGGAGCUGAAGACUUGAGAUCGAAUACUGCUUUCCAGCGAUACGACCAAGAACUCGAUGCAGCCAUGCUGGGCGCCGAGGAUCUGCGCUCGUCGUCGGCCUUUGGGCGCGCCUUCGGCCGGCCGGAGCCGGGCUCUGCGGCUGCGCCCGGCGCCCGGCAGGGCGUUUCCGACAGCGCCAUUCCGCUGGUGUACGCCACCAACCUGGGCUGGCAGGCCGUCAGCCCAGCGCACUGGAACACGGGCGACCAGACGCCGCCCACGCCGGCCGCCGAGGAGAGUCUCCAGCACUCCGCCUACGCCAGACGGUCAAAAAACGCGCAACGGGCCGCGCCCGCUCCCCGUGAGCUCGGAGCGUGGCCCGCGCGCAGAACACAGUCCGGCGGCAGCGACAGCGCCGACAUCGCGUACAUGAGCGGCCUCAGCUACCCAGCCGACGCGCCGCUCCACUGGCCCGGCUCCACAGCCACGCCGGGCACGGCCGGCGGCCAGUCGCCACCGCCGGCCACCGGCUACACGCAGGGUCUGAGGUGGGACACGGCGGCCGACUGGCCGGCCAGCCGCACCACGCCCAGCCGCUCGCGGGACCAGCUCGACUCGCCCGGGCCCGCCUCCGAGGAGCGUAUCCGUGGCGUGGCGCAGCAGAUGAUGGCGCGUGUGCCGCAGUCUCGGCCGUCCUCUGGCCAGGCGCUGUUCGGUGCCGGCUACACGCGCGGGCCGCUCCACUGGCCGCCGUCGCCGCCGACUCCGCUGGCCGGCGACACGGUCACCGUGGACGCAGAGCGGCGCACGGUGGUGGUGCGCCACGGCGCGCCGCCGCAGCAGCCCGGCUACACGUCCGGCCUGGCCUGGACGGGACCCACCGACUGGCCGGGCAGCAGCUGCGCCACGCCGGCGCCGCCCUCGCGGGAGACGCUGGUACGCGCCCAGUCUCGGCCCGGCUCCUCGGUAGCCGCCCCGCCGGCCGAGCACUCCUCAUCCGAGACGCUCGUCCAGACCCAGGAGGACGGCAGCCCGCGACGCGACGUCAAUCUGCCCUGGAACGUUCGGCCGGCAUCCAACUACACGGCGCCGACCGGCGACAGCACAGCGACACCGCUGUACGAGCCGCGGCCGGACUCUGCCGACUACGACGGUCCGACGCCCUACACGGCCGCCAGUCUGCAGCGCAUCUUCGACGAGGGCAUCGCGUACGAGGCGUCCAGCAUCUACUACACACCGCCGCAGGAGUGCUGCUCCAAGGAGGACUACUACACGCCCUUCCAGUCGGCCAACGAGAUGUUGGGAGACAGCAGCGCCUCCGAACACGAAGCCGAGUCAGACCACGAGCAAACGGUGCGUGUGCUCGAGCCAGGCUUCUCGCCAGAGGCCGACGAGCCCUACUCCAAGACACCGAGCGGGCACAGCCUGACGGACGACAGCCGGCCGGCCUCCGCCUACUGCGAGCGAGAGCAGUUCCCGACGCGCUCAGCGCGACUCAUGAGCCGCUACGAAGGCGUGCAGCCGUGUCUGCCACGCGAGGCGCUGCAGAGGACGGCGGACGCCUGCUCCGAGCCCUUCUCAUCGCCACGCGACGGAGAUCCGGAGCGCGCCGCCGAGUUUGGCUACGAGCCGGCGCAGGGUGAGUAUGGCUACCAGCGGUACCCGCAGGGCUACGAGCCUCCGCAGAUGUGGUACGGGCACGACCGCGCCUCACUGCCCUCGGAGGCCGGCUCGGAGGGCGUGGCCGGCACAUACGCCACAUCCGACUACGCUCAGUCACACGCCGAGUCCGAGUAUCCGACCAGCGCGUCGGAAGGCUCCGAACUGGCGUCACUGGCACCGCGCGACGGCGAUGACCCUAGCUUCGACGGUCCCAGUCCAGAUACUGCGCGAACAUUGGCUAGCAUCUUUGAGGCGGGCACCGGCAGAGCCGCCAGCGACGACGGUGAAGGCGGUGGAGGGGGAUCCGACGGUCAGGACGGCUUUUCACCGGAGGGCUACGAGCCGGCGCAGGGCGAGUAUGGCUACCAGCGGUAUCCGCAGGGCUACGAGCCUCCGCAGAUGUGGUACGGGCACGACCGCGCCUCACUGCCAGGACAGGCUCCUUCCGGACCACCAGCCUCCGGCGGCGAGACUGCGGAGAGUUUCGGUCACACAGUCCCUGAGGAUGGUGAAGAUUAUGAAUCUGUGAGCCCGGACACCAAGAAGACACUGGCGAGACUAUUCCAGGAGGAGACUCCGUACCCAGUGGAGGCUGAAGGGUCUGACGGGGGAGGCGGAGCGGAUGGCGGGCCACCAGGGCCAGGAGACGGCGGUGACGAGCCAUACGAGCCGGCGCAGGGCGAGUACGGCUAUCAGAGGUAUCCGCAGGGCUACGAGCCUCCGCAGAUGUGGUACGGGCACGACCGCGCUUCGCUGCCAGAUCAAGGCAUAUCGCAACAGCCUAAAACUGAUAUCAGUCAAACGACCCCGUUGUCGCAAGACGCCACUGACUUCGAUUACAUCAGUCCAGACACUACUAAAACAUUGGCUGAAAUACUGGAGCACGGCGCUCUCUCAGUGGAGGGUGGCGAUAAACCCAGGCCCGACUCUGAGCCUUACGAGCCGGCGCAAGGCGAGUACGGCUACCAGCGGUACCCGCAGGGCUACGAGCCUCCGCAGAUGUGGUACGGGCACGACCGCGCCUCACUGCCAGGGCAGGCUCCUGCCGACGCGGCGGAUUUCAGCGGGUCGGCUACAGAACCGAUCGAAAACCAGACGUCCGUCAAGGAUGAGGACUAUGAAUCCGUCAGUCCAGACACAAAGAAAACGCUGGCGAGGAUAUUUCAGGACGAGACUCCUUACCCAGUCAAGACAGAUGAGUUCGAUUCGGGUACUGGAAGUGGUGCAGAUGGCAGUCCACCAGGGGCCGGCCAAGGUGGUGACGAGCCAUACGAGCCGGCGCAGGGCGAGUAUGGCUACCAGCGGUAUCCGCAGGGUUACGAGCCUCCGCAAAUGUGGUAUGGGCACGACCGCGCCUCGCUGCCGGGGCAGGAAGCCGCAGAGCCAACUCCCGCUGCUGAGCCAGCACCUGCUACAAGCGGUGCUGCUGAAGAAGACUUUGACGCCAUCCAGCCAGACACCACCAAAACGCUGGCCAAGAUAUUCGACGAAGGAACGCCGAGUGGCGGAACGACGGCGGCAGGGGGGCCGGUGGAAGUGGUGGCCGAGGACUUGGCGGCCACUUGCCAGGACGACCUCAGCAGAUGGUCAGAGACAUCCAUCGGUUCGGCUGAGACGCCGCCGGCCUCACGCAGCAUGGAGUACAUCCCCGCGUCGGGGAUGUACGGCUUCCAGCCACUGUUGGGACCGCCAAGCCGUGGCUCACUGGAGCACAUGCCGCCUUCAGACGGUACUUACACGCAGAACCUGUGCGUGUGGCAGUGUCCUGACAACUGGCCUCCAACGCCGUCCACACCGCGUUCCAGAGAGGAUAUUACCGAGGGAUCGCCGGCACAGCCCACCACCGACCUUAUGGAAAAGUACAUGGAAGGAAUACGCUGGGACAGGCCCGACAAAGACUGGCCCCAAACUCCCGACACGCCCAGCUCGAGGGAGGAUUUGCCAUCACUGCAAUACACCCACGGUCUGCGGUGGGAUCACGUGAAGGACGCUCCCGUGCCCACACCUCCAACGCCUGGCUCUCAGGAGAGACUACCGCAAGCCGACGUCCGUCAAGCCAGCGACGAGAACUUCGACCUUGUCAGUCCGGAUACCACGAGGACCAUGGCCGCAUUGUUCGAGGAGGGCAUUCCGUAUAUGACGCACCAGGAGCCGAAACAGGUCGCCGAUGGCGAAGGUUACGAGCCGGCACAAGGAGAGUACGGCUACCAGCGGUAUCCGCAGGGCUACGAGCCUCCGCAGAUGUGGUACGGGCACGACCGCGCCUCGCUGGCCUCUUUGCGCAGCUCGCAGGACUUGGGAAGUCAGGCGGUGUCGUCGGCUGACCCAUCACCGGCCAUCACCCCGCGCCCGACCGUCGGCUACGAGCCUGCUCAGGGCAUCUACGGUUUCCAGAGAGUGUUUGCCGAUGUGGCAGGUGCGGCCUCGCCGGCCCCAGCGGCCGCCGCCGAGUCGGCCGAAAACUUCGACGGCCCGAGUCCGGACACGAGCCGCAGCCUGGAGCGCAUUUUCGAGGCCGCCACGGGCACGGUGGGCGAGCAGCGGCCACUGACGCCGUCGCCCAACCUGCCGGCCUUCCUGGAGAAGCUGACGAGCAGCUCGGAGUCGGAGGACAGCGCCAGCCGGCGGCGCGGACGGACCUCCGACUCGGUGCCGGCUGUGCGCGUGCCCCGCAACCGGUUCUACUCGAUGGAGGAGAUGUGCACAACGGCCCCGAGCCAGCCGAAUCUGUCGCUCACGUCGGCGAGCUCCCACGGCCGCGCCACGCCGCGACCUGGCGACCAGCAGUGCUACCUUCCCUGGACGCACCGGGCGUCCGUUCCAUACAGAGAGCCGCGGGGAGCUCAGUUUGUCGAAGAUUACCAGGAGCCGCCGCUGGUUGACAUGGACGAUCAGAUCAGUGUGCCCACGCCGACGUCUGCCCACUCGCGCCGGUCGGGCUCGGAGAAAACCGAAUCGGAGAAAGAACCUCCCUCCGAGCCUCGCGCCGACUACUUCACACCGAUGGGUUCCAAGACCGAGCCGCCUCCCGAAGACUACCAACCGGCAUCUUCUCUUGCAACAGAAUCGAAGUCUGUUGAAUCGGCUCACAAUGAUAUUGAGGACCUGCUGCAGCGGCUGCGCUCGCUCGAGUCGCGCCUCCACCUGGUCGAGGACGAGUCGCAGAGCAAGGACCGCCAGAUCCAGGACCUGCUGUCGCGGCUGGAGGACCUGGUCAGCUCGGCCGGAGCCGACGACCAGGGCGACCUGACCCAACGGCUGCAGACGGCGUCUGAAACUGUCUCAAAACUCGAGCAGACGGAAAGCCACCUGGGUAAAGAGUUGGAGAACGCGAAGAAGGAGAUUGACAGCUACAUUACACAGCUGGAGUCGUUCCAGAGCCGGUCGGCCGAGAUGGAGCAGCGGCUGGUCGAGUCGCAGCGGAUGCAGGCGGCUGGCGACCAGCAGUUGCAGCAGCUGGCGCAGCAGUGCGGCCAGCUGACGGCCGAGCGGGACCAGCUGGCCCGACAGCUGGAGGAGAGCCGCGCCGCGGUGGCCGAGAAGGAGGCACGGGUCGAGGAGCUGAUGCUCCGCCUGCAGGAGUACAGUGAGCGGGUUGCGCAGCUCGAGAAGGAUAUGAAGAGUGACGAGCGCCCCGCAGACCAGUCGGACGUCAACGCCGAAAACGCCUACCUGAAAGGACGAGUGGCCGAACUCGAGAGUCUCACACACGACGAGAAACAUUGGAAAGAACAGGCGCACGAGGCGGGCGAGCGGGCGCGCGCCAUGGAGCGGGCGCUGGACCAGCUGAGCUCCGAGAAGCGGACCGAGCAGGAGCGCCGGCGCGAGGUGGAGGCGCAGCUGGUGCAGAUGGUGCGCCGCACCUCGGUGGCGCGGCCCGCCGACGACACGCCGCUCGCCUCCACCGCCGAGGAGAGCAGCGCCGACGAGCUGCUCGACCCGCAGCUGUGCCGACGGCUGCAGCAGCUGCUCACCAAGCUGCACACCGAGGGACUGCAGGCGCUGAGUCUGAUGGAGCUGCGCUUCGUCAAGGCGUACGCGUCUCCGAGCCAGCUGACGCCACGCUCUCAGGCGUCCGACUCGGCUGUGGAGGUGUCCGACAUGGAGACGGCCACGCUGCGCCGGGCCGUGGCGCGCCUCGUCAGCGAGCUCAAACGGAAACAGGACAGCCUCAACGACAAAGUGUCCAAGCUGUCCAGUGACCUGAAGGAAGAGCUAUCUCAGGUGCGGGAGAUGCAGACCUCGCUAGAUGGAGAGCAUAAGUCGAAGCUGGCGCUGACCGGUCGGCUGAGUGAGCAGCGCGGCGCGCUCUCGGCCAUGGAGACGGACCUGGCGCAGGCGCUGUCGGAGCUGCGCAAGGGCGACGAGCGGCUCGACCAGACGCGCUCCAGUCUGGACUCGCAGUUGCACGAGUUCGCCGCCGCCAAGACGGCCACCCAGCAGCUGGUGGACCGGGAGGAUAAGAUCAUGCAGGAGCUGAUACGUACGACGGACACGGGCUGUCAGGACCUACAGCGGGUCCAGGCGUGUCUGGCCAAACUGGACGGCGCCGGGGAGCGCGUGAGCGAACUGUGCGCCAAGCGCAGCGGCCGCGGCGCCGUCCAGAGACUGGCCGAGCAGCUGGGCGCCGAGCAGCAGCGCUGCCGGGACAUGCUGGCCUGUGUCGAGUGCGAGCGGGGCCGGGCGGCCCAGCUCAGCCAGGAGCUGGACCAGGGCCGGGGCCAGGCAGAGUCCGGCGGACGCAGCGCCCAGCAGCUGGAGCAGCGCGUCACCGAACAGGAGCAGCAGGCCGAGAAACUAGAGACACAGGUUGAUGAAGCCUGCGCUGAAGUGCGCACGACUGCCGCCGAGCGCGUCAAGCCGCUUCAGGGGAAGCUGAAGAGGCUGCAGCAGGAGCUGCGGCAGGUUCAGGCGGCUCACAAGACGGCAGCCGAGGACGUACAGAGGCCGGCCGCCGACCAUGGCCGGGCGGUGGCCGAGCUCAGCCGAACUGCCGCUCAGCUGCUCACGGCGGUGGCCGCCGUGGUCGACAUCAACACGGAGGCGGAGCGGACGCGGACGCGGCUGCUGCAGCUGGCUGCAGAGCUCGCCGGCCGAGACGACGAGCCGUCGCCAGCUCCGGCGCCGGCUCCCAGCCCGGUCCCGGCCGACGCUGCCGUGGAGUCGGCCGUCGACGACGCCAUCCUGGCGCGCUACAAGGAGCAACUGGAGUCGGAGCGCGCUCAGUGGGGCCGCGAGCGGUCGCUGCUGCAGUCUCACAUUGACCAGCUGGACGCCGAGCUGGAGCGACUGCGGCUGGCGGCGCGGCCGGCGCCCGUCUCCACGCAGGGCGAGGGCGACGACGGCCGCGUCCAGGAAGCGUACAGCCGCUACAUGCGCGCCGAGAGCUACCGGCGCGCGCUCUGCUGGCAGAAACGCUACCUGAUGAUCCUGCUCGGCGGCUACCAGGAGACGGAGACGCUGACGCUGGAGAAGAUGGUGCAGCUGACGGGCGGCUGCUUCCUGCCAGACUACCGGCGCCUGCUCAAACCCGUGCGCAAGUUCCGCGCCGCCGCCUGGGCCGUGGUGGCCAUGCUGCGCAUGCAGCGACUGGUCCACCGGUGGACAGCAGGACGGCGGGCGACCGGAGCCCGCAGGCCCUGUCGGCGUCAGAGACAGCGUACCAACAGUAGGACGAGAUCGCAGGGCAGCCGGUCCACCAGCCGACCUCGGGCCCAGCCGGCCCCGCAGAAACCAGCGGCAGCGCCCAAACCCAAACAUAAGGCGGCGCCUGCUCGGCCCAAACCAGUGGCACUUGCUCUCCAGCACAAGCAUACACUGCCGCAGCCACCGACGAAGCCCAAAGCACGCAGUCCGUCGCCGAGGCGCGCUGCCCAUGGGCCAUCGCCGCAGCGAGCAGCACGAUCGCACUCACCAAAGGCAGCUGCGCGCAGCCCUUCACCGAAGAGCAAGAUCGAGCCCACCUCGUCCAAGGGCGCCAUGAAGAAGUCGCCGGCGCCGGCGCGCGGUAGCGAGCCGACCAAGAAGGCCCGCUCGGCAGUAGAGUUCGACGUCAGUGACGGGGAGGGAGAGGAAGAGGCGGAGGAGGAGGAGGAGGUGACGCCCCGCCAGGAGGACGUGCCCGGCAGCAGUCUGGGUGAGCUGCUCGACCGGCUCGACGAGGACAUUGACGAGGUGCUGGACAUGGGCGAGGCCGAGGACGAGGACGGCGCGGAGACGCCGCGCACCUUCAGCCGCAGCAGCGCCGUGCUGCUGGACGAGGGCCUGUGCGAGCAGCUGUCGCUGACGCCCACGCUGCCGCUCUCCAUCACCUCGCUCACCUCCUCGGACGAGUCGGAGCUGACGCGCUUCUUCACCGACUACGGCACCCACCCGCUGCCAGACAUGGAGAUGGAGUGCGGCACCACCGGCUCCAUGCCCAACCUGGCCGCACUCGAUGUCAGGAGCGUCACGACAGUGAGCGACAUUGAGUCUGACGAGCUGGAGCUGUACCUGGCGCAGUUCGACUCGCUGCUGUUGCGGCACGGCUGCUCGCCGAGACUCUCCGACUCGUGCACCUCCCAGUCGUCCCGACGGCGGCGCUGAGCGACGCUCCUCCGACACGACAGCCGACCAGACGACGACGGCGAGCGAUGCGUGGUUGUCUCGUGUUUGUUCGGACGUCCAUCGAAAUGUUUGUGAUUUAUUGCGAUGGUGCUUACGGAGCGCCGCGAGUCCUACGUUCCUUUCUCCGGUGUAACGUCCAAUGCAGAUUAUCCAAAAUUGUAGGUGGCUUGAAAGUAGACGCGCAAAACGAACACAAGCGUACGUCUAUUUAUAAAUGUCCUUUGUCUGAGACAAUAUCGCUCGCAAUACGAAGCAGCAAGUUAGAUGAAAACAUGACCUUGUGAUCAAAAUAUAUUUUAAG